AUGACCUCUUGUAACAACUCCAUUUCCCAGCCAGAGGUAUUUAUAUUGGCUGGGAUUCCAGGACUGGAGUCUUAUCACGGCUGGUUUUCCCUGCCCUUCUUCUUAGUCUUCAUCAUUGCUCUUAUUGGCAACGUUACCAUCGUGUUCAUCAUCCAUGCAGAGAAGAGUCUCCAUGAGCCCAUGUUCCUCCUGCUGGCUAUGCUGUCUGUUGUUGACCUGUCCUUAGUCAGUGCAACCGUGCCCCGCGUGUUAGGCAUCUUCUGGCUGGAUGCUAAAGAGAUCAACAUUAAUGGGUGCCUUACCCAGAUGUUUUUUAUCCCAUCUUUCUAUGUCAUGGAGUCUGGCAUUCUUCUGGCCAUGGCUUUUGAUCGUUUUGUAGCCAUCUGCAAUCCAUUGAGAUACACCACUAUCCUAGCCAAUAAUUCACUAGUGAAAAUGGGGCUGGCAGUCAUAGCAAGGACUAUGGUCGUGCUUACUCCAGCCCCUAUCUUAGCCAAAACAUUGACCAGGUUCCGAACUAACAUUAUUCCCUACUCUUAUUGUGCCUACAUGGCUAUGGUACAGAUUGCUUGUGGUGACAUAUUUAAUUAUAUUGUCUAUGGCCUCAUGGUAAUUCUGACUUCUAUUGGUACUGACUUACUCUUUAUCAGCCUCUCUUAUGGAAUGAUUCUUCGAGCUGUCUUCCGGAUCCCUUCCUGGGAAGCUCGGCACAAGGCCCUGAGUACAUGUGGCUCCCAUCUCUGCGUCAUUGCCAUUUUUUAUUCACCUGUUGUGUUCUCCGUUUUGGCUCAAACAUUUGGAUACCAAAUGCCUCCCCACUUCCAGAUUAUUGUAGACAAUCUCUACUUCCUUGUUCCUCCCAUGAUUAAUCCCUUGGUCUAUGGGGCCAGAACCAAGCAGAUUAGGGAACAUAUCCUCCAAGUCCUAUAUUGCCACCCAAAAUAA